GAUAAGCAUCAUGUUUGCCAUUCGGGACGUUUGAUAGUGGCCACACAGUAAUUGAAGACUUGAUUGAAAUGGUUUUUAUCUAUAAACAUAUUAACACGCAAAACAACGCUUGUAACCGGAAAGCCACGAAGAGAUACAAACAGGUCUGUCCACCCCUUCCUGUGCUCUCUCCGCGCGCGCUAUCACAAAUUUGUUUUGUGUUUUGCAACAAACCCCGAAAACAUACGAAAAGCUGAACGAAUACCUGUCUGCUGAAUGAUCACGCCAGCAGCCAUUCAAUAUUCGCUGAUCGCUGUGAUGGAGAUCGUCGUCAAAACAGUUUCACUGGCGAACACAACACAAUGAUCACUGAUCACCCAUUCACAGUAAACAGAUAAGUGCCUAUCUACAAGCUCGCAUCAGAGCCAUUCUAGGGCUAUGGAAUGAGCGAGUUAAUAUACGUGCCGACAGCACGCCAGAGAUUCCGCAACUUAUUACAAUACAACAGUAAUGGCCAAGGCUAGAAGUCAACAAAACACACCCUCCACCGAUGCCGCCCCUUCCAGCCCCUUGCCAUCCACUAGUGCUCUAACGAGUCCAGACAACUGCGCCGGUCCUAGUAAUAGUAAUAAUGCAGUGCAACCGAGCCAAAGUACAACGAUAGAUAAGGCCGACACUACCAGCAGCCAUAAUAUAUCGAUAUCCUCAAUCAACGAAGAUGACAACAACGACUCAAGUGCCUUCGAGACCAGUGACAGCGAGUGCGACGAUGAGCAGAUUAAGAAGGCCAUCGAACGCAUUCCGAACUCUCUCCAACCGGGCAGUCAGUUAGUACAGAACGGAAUGCUAGUCGUUAAGGAUGAUAACAACAGUUCUCCAGUGUCUGCCCGGGGGCCCAAUAUUGGCAGUAUAGCAGUACAAAACUCGUCAGACAUCACGUUUGGCAACAAGACCUACAUCAAGGGGCAAGUUGUGAUAAAGAACAUCUACCACGAUAAACAGAAUGGUGCCGUCAACGAAGGCUAUCACGAAACCGAUGGUGAGCUCAACAAACAAAAGUCGAAUAAAGAUUCUUCAAAUGCCAACAAAGAUCAAUCGUGGCAAUCUAGUCUAAAAGUAAUCAUCAGGGAUAAGCCUAUGCUAAGCGUAGUUGUGUUAAUAGCUGUAAUGGUCAUCAUAACAACGAUCGUGAUCGUAGCAUUCGUCUCAGCAUCAGGUAAACCUAAAUAUAAACGAUACUACGGCGACGGUGACGAUGAUCGGGCGAACGUCCCUCCGGAUACUGGAAUAGAUAAGGACUUCCUACCGGACGCCAAGCCACUGCGGAUAGUGACCCGAAACGAGUGGUUAGCACAACCGCCAAAAGAAAACCUAACCAGACUGAAGUUGCCAGUGAACCGCGUGAUAAUAGCCCACACCGCAACGGAAAAUUGCCAAACGCAGGCACAAUGCACCUUUAUGACUCAACGCAUCCAGGAGUUCCACAUGGCGGAAGAUUCUAAAAAUUAUUCAGAUAUCGCAUACAACUUCCUGAUUGGUGGAGACGGAAACGCAUAUGUUGGUCGCGAUUGGGAUAAGCAAGGUGCUCACACUAAAGGUUUCAACGUCGACAGUAUUGGCAUAGCGUUCAUCGGUACGUUCACCGACGUGGAACCAUCGUUGGUGCAGCUCAGCGCAGCCGAGCAACUCAUCGCUAUGGGAUUCGAGCAGAACAAGUUGUCCAAAACCUAUCGUUUGUACGGUCACAGACAGCUGGCACCGUUUGAAAGUCCCGGACGAAUGCUGUUCAAAAUCAUCCAGAAGUGGCCCCAUUGGUCCAGUGAGUUGGGAUCGAACCAUUGGCAGGAAUGAGAUGAAUCGCCUAUAUAGGACGGCGCAGAAAGCCAAACAAUUUGCAACCACCACCGAAGAAUGCAAUCACCGAGGGGGUUGUAUUAUGUAUUCAUGUCGAAUAAUGAGCUCAAAUAUGUUUGUGUACAUAAUUAGGUAGAUUUUAAAAUCGUUAUAAUUUUUUAGAUAUAUCUGGCAAAGAUCUGUGAUUUUGGUCGAAUAAAAUUUCAACGUAAUUCAGUCAA